UUGUAUAAACACUUGCAUGGGGAUAUUUAUUUCGUAAUAUUUCAAUAUUUCUAAAAGCAAAAAUCUUAAUAUUAAAAAAAUAUGGCUCAAAGCAGAUUAGAGAAGAUUGGAACAAUUUUCACCAGAGUUUCUGGUUUGUUGCGUUCCGGUGCCAUGAAACCCGAAGACAAACCAAUUUGGUAUGAUGUUUAUGCAGCAUUUCCUCCAAAGGUGGAACCUCGUUUUGAUAGACCAGCUCCUCAAAUAGCCAUAAAGAAUAUAUUUUAUGAGGAAGAUAAAGUCAGAGCAAAAUUUCACAAAUCGCAAAAACAAGUUGAAAUGAUAAGCAUGUUCGAUAGAAGACGUGAGACGCAAACUCAACAGUUCAUUAAAAUUUAUCAAGGUCUCAAAUCGCAGGGAGCCUUAGAUGAAGAAAAAAUAUUUGAGACCUCAAUGGAUUUAUUGCAACAGCAGAGAGCCCAAAUGAAGAUUGAGGCACAAGAAAUUAGCAAUGCCGAGUCAGAAGAUAAAGUACAAAGCAUGGCCGAUGCAUUUAGUGAAGCAAAAACUUUGCAGAAAUCCGAUUCCCUAUCAAGAGCCGAUAAAGAAUCUACGAAGUUUAACAAAUCAGAAACAAAAAGUUCCAUUGGUGGCAUUAACAUCGAAAACUUAUUUAAGGAUUAAACAUAAUUUUUUUUGAAAAAUACAAUAACUACGAAAAAUA